AUGGUGGACAAAUACAGAGACAUUGUGGAAACCCAGCAGCAUUAUAAGACUAGAUGGCGGUCCAUUUGGGUGAUGUACAUAACCAUGUUUCUCAGUAGCAUAGGUUUUUCAAUUGUAAUUAUGUCAAUAUGGCCAUAUCUCCAAAAGAUUGAUCUGACAGCAGAUGCAAGUUUCUUGGGCUGGGUUAUUGCAUCAUACAGCAUUGGUCAAAUGGUAGCCUCUCCCCUGUUUGGUUUAUGGUCCAAUUACAGACCAAAAAGAGAACCUCUCGUUGUUUCAUCUGCUAUUUCAGUAGCUGCUAACUGCCUUUAUGCCUAUGUCCAUGUACCUGCUUCACACAACAAAUUCUACAUGCUAGUUGCUCGUGCCCUCGUGGGAUUUGGAGCAGGUAACGUAGCAGUAGUUCGAUCAUACAUUGCCAGUGCUACUUCUCUUACAGAAAGAACUAGUGCUAUGGCCAACACUAGUGCUUGCCAAGCUUUAGGCUUCAUACUAGGACCAGUUUUUCAGACCUGCUUUACUCUUAUGGGAGAAAAAGGAGUAACGUGGAAAAUUAUUCAUCUCCAGCUGAACAUGUAUACAGCACCAGUUCUGUUGGGAGCUCUCCUUGGGGUUAUUAAUAUUAUUUUAAUCUUUGCCGUAUUCAGAGAACAUCAAGUGGAUGACAUGGGAAGGCAAUGUAAAAGCAUCAAUUUUGAAGUGGAAGAAAGUGAAGAUGUGAGUCAGGACAUUCAAGGAAACAUUGACCAUGUUGCUGUAGUAGCAAUCAACUUUAUUUUUUUUGUCAUCUUGUUUGGUUUUGCAAUUUUCGAAACAAUAGCUACUCCAUUGACAAUGGAUAUGUAUUCCUGGCCCAGGAAAGAAGCUGUUUUUUAUAAUGGAAUAAUCCUUGGUGGAGUGGGCAUUGAAUCAAUCAUUGUCUUCAUGGUGGUUAAAAUAAUUUCUAAAAAGACUGAUAUAAAGAAUAAUUCCAUUCCAAGAGCAACCUUCAGUGAAAUUUUUACACCUUUGUGGAGUACGCAAACAAUGCAGCUACCAUUCAAUCACACAGAAGAGCCAACGGGAUGUCCUGUUGUGCAGUCCUGGUGCCUGUACACACCUGUGAUCUAUCUCUCACAGUAUAUCGCCUCUGAUGUACUGAUAGGAUUGGGCUACCCAGCCUGUCAUGUUAUGUCCUAUACUUUAUACUCAAAAAUUCUCGGACCAAAACCCCAGGGUGUCUAUAUGGGCUGGCUAACUGCUUCUGGAAGUGGAGCACGCAUACUUGGGCCAGUGUUUGUGAGCCAGAUAUACACUUACUUUGGACCACGUUGGGCAUUCAGCUUGAUUUGUGGAAUAAUUGUUCUCUCUCUCUUAGUUUUAGAAGUAGUAUACAAAAGACUUAUUGCAUUUUCAGUCAGAUAUGGGAGAAUGCAAGAGUAGAAUUUUAGCUGUGUGUAAGGGAAAACCACAAAAAUACUUAUUUAUUUUUAACAAGGGGUGCCUAAACCCAGAGCCUUGUUGGCAGCAUACUAGAAAGUAUAGAGCUGUAUUUCCAGUCAAGCGAUGAGAUUUAUGAAGAAUGCAUAUUCUAACAUGUACUGUUCCUUGAUUAAUGGAAGUUACACCUGCUGCCUCUAACACUAGGAGGAAGGAUGGGGACAUGAUCUAUCAAGAGUAAUGCAUAUUAGAGUAAUAUAGGCUGGAAAGGUGUUACACCCAUCUACAAAAGAACUAUGAAGGCUAUGCUUCAGGUACAUCCUUUUUAAAAAGAAAUAAAUGUUGCCUUGAUUCUAUGAA